AUGGGCAUUUUGGUCGUUGAAAAAUGGUUAUAUUCAGUCGGAACUAUUCAUAAUUUUUCCAUAGCCUAUUUUCAAGCUUUGGAUCUGCAGAUAUUCCCGUGUUGCGUUGCUGUCAGCAAAAAAGUAGUCAACUCCAAAAUGACUAUUCCCGAUGAACUUUUCGUUCUCAUAUCAAGUGUUUCUAGUGGAAACGGUAGUACGGAAGAUUAUGAACGUAUUUGUUUAAUUCUUUCCAAUCUGUCAACAACAGAAUUACGUUCUGUUUUCCGAAAAUGUGAUAUUCUAAAAGCUUUAAUGUCUAUCAAUUUACAGGACAAACAGUCAUCUCAAAUUGCAAUGAAACUAGCGACUAUUGUAUUUUCACUUGUACCUUUAUUCGACUUUGUUCAAUCUCACGAAGAUGAAUUACUCUUAAUCAUCGAGUCAACUAAAUUCGAUUUAAUUGAAUUCAUUUUGAAAAGAUUAAGAGUUGGCGCCACUGAAGCUGACUGUUCAGUAGACAAUCUACCCGAUCGUUUCCUGGAGGCUGUAGCUCGGCUAGUUCUACACGAAAGACUUUCUAUAUCUACAGAAGCACAAAAUUUUUUGAUAACAUUAGGCAGUAAAUGUCCAUUGGGUUUAAAAAAGGUACUUGGUGCUCCAAUAAUAGACACACUAAAAUCUUCAUGUACUAAACCAGAGCAUUCAAUAAGAGUUUCUGAAUUCGCUGUGCAUUUAGCUUCUGUACGCCCUGAAAUCUUUCAAGAUGUUAAGAAUUCUGGUCUACUCCAGCCUAUUUUGGAUGGUUUAAGCUCAAGAGAUCCAUUAGUUUGCUUGAAUUGGUUAGAAUUGGCUAAAAUGCUGACUGAUACGCAGACUGGUUAUCAAUUUCUCAGUGAAAAGGAUAUAUUUACUAGACUGAUGAAUGAUUUACGAUCGUUUAGUUCUGAUUCAUUGGCGGAUUUAUUGCUUCCAGGAUAUAUCGCAUUCUUCGGUAAUCUAGCCAAACAUGUUCCUGAUUAUUGGCUUGAUGAUUCAAACAAAGGAGGAGGAGAAGGAUUCAAAGAUAUUUUAGCGAAUGCAGUAGAAAAUAAAAAUAUAAGUAUAUCUAUGACAGCCUUGGAAACUGUUGGAUGCAUAGCAACCACUCUGGCUGGUCGUAUAGCUUUAAACAGGCUAUUCGCUAAUGAUUGUGCAUUUCGUAAUGUUUUAUCAAAACUUUUCCUGCUAAUAUCUAAUUCACCAAGUGAAAUAUGCACUCGAGCUGUUGGAUGUUAUAGUUUUCUGCUUCGACGACCAGGUGGAGUGAUGGUUACCGAUGGCCUACUUGACGAUGCUAUCCGCUCUCUUGACUGGGCUGUAAUGUCUUGUCAGAAAGGUAUUAAUACAACGCCUACAACAACAACAACAACAACAGAAGAAAAAGAAGCUUUAGUUGCACCUCUGUUGAAACGUCUUUAUGCUCUAGUUACCCAACCAUUUUUUGAUGUACGCGUGGCUGUAUUCAAGGCUAUAGAUGCAAUUGCCACACAACCUUGGGGAGUUCGACAGAUAAUACAACAACCUGGAUUCUUCGAAUAUUUACUUAAUCGUCAAACAGAACUUGGUCUUACGGAUAAAAUACAAUUGAUGCAGGCUAAAUUGGACAUCAUGAACAAUAUGUUGAAAACAUUUGAAGCAUGGAACAGUUCCACCUACAAAGCAUACAAUAAUCUAAUUGGCAGUGACCAACUGAAAUGUAUAAAGGUGUACAUUAAAGAAGGUCUAUGGGGUGUUGUACAAACAGAAGCUGCAGUAGCUCUUGAACCCGGUUAA